AUGAGGGUAUUGAGAGGUUUACUUCCGGUCGUGGCGGUGCAACUAGCCUUGCUGCCAUCCUUCUGUUUGGCGGUCGAGGAAACAAGCGAGGAACGAGAGUUAUCAUUUCUACCCAGCACUGACGAAACAGAAGUUCAUGAUGUUCUGUUGGAGAUUUCCGCCGCCACAAGUCAGGAAGACUUUGAGUCUGAUGUGAUUCACGGGAACGUCCGAGGAGGAAGAGAACUUGCCACAUGCUACAGCUAUGAUGACUGCGGCAGCUGUUCUGAACUGUCGCGUUGCCAUUGGUGCGAUCAUGACCAACGUUGCCAUGUCAAGGGCUCCUUUUCGGGUUGCCUAGAGGGCAGUACGUGCUCCAGGGGCGACGAUGACAAGAAGGACGCUUGCUCGCAGUACUCUACUUGUUCUGAUUGCGGAAACUCUCAUAGCUGCCAUUGGUGUGCGCACGACGAUUCCUGUCACAGUAUCGGCAGCAUCUACGGCUGUGUCAAAGGGGUGGAUUGCUACUCGAACGAUCGUUGUCGCCGCAAGGAACCAGAGCCUCUGGCCGCCGAGAAACAGACAUUUACCAACAUGGGAUUCUUUCCAUUGGGUGUUGCGGCAUUCAUUUCCAGUCUUUUACUGUUGUGUGCUUCCUCUUGUUUGUUCUGUGCCUGCAGAACAAGAAAGACACAUGGUAGCGGACAUUAUGAAUUACAGGCAGAGGACGCUGGUUAUGCGCUGUUGACAUGCGAAGAGGAGUCGGCAACAUCAUCAUCCACCGAACCAGAGAAUGAGGUACCACAGGACAAACAACCGGCUCCGGUACCCAAUGUAGAAGAAGCCCUAUCUCCAGAAGAGACCGGUGCCCGCGCCGAGGAAGACCCAGAGAAAAAUUACCAAUCCAUGGAGGUCGAACAACCACAAUCGCAAGGGCAACAGGAAGCUACUCCUCUGCUCACAGGAGGAGCGCAAGAUAGUUCAGAGGAAAUUUCUCAAAGCCCUACAAAGUGUGCGAGGAGGUUGCUGCAUGUCUGUAC